AUGUACUUCGCUGUCUACCAAAAAAAUUUGCGCAAACGUAAGAAAACGCGAACCUACCGAGUUCGUCGCUUGGAUUUUUAUGAUUACAGAAGUCAAAUACUGGUUAAAAACAAGUUAAAAAUUUCAUAUCUUCUUAAUAAGGAGCUCACAACAAAAAAUAAUCAUGAACGAUCUCGCAUUUUACCACUAAGUUUUUGCAAGUUACCUUUGAAACUUUAUGACAAAUCUACAAAUUCGCGUGCACGUCCCAAUGUUAAUCCACCAAAUAUCAUGGUUAGUAAAGAAUCGACCCUACCAUCAUUGUUGAGGCAUACAAAAGAUGUUCAUCAGCACAUAUCAUUGCUGUUGACAACUCCUCAUACGUUUGUUGGUCGACGUAUUUCUCUGGAUCAUCGAUGUGAAUUUCUCGUACGCUGGAUUAGCGGUUCUGGACAUAGUGUUAUCCCACCUACUUGGAUGUUCGAAGAUGAACUUAAUGUGGCAGCUCAUUUGGAAAGUAUUUUGUGA